ACACAGGAAUGUAACUAAGAAUUUAUGAAACCUUAUGGGAGGUAAGGAAUAAUAGUCCCAGUUUAAAAAGAUGAUAGUGCCUGACAAUGUCACUAUCAGAAUCUCGUGGAAGCCCGGUAUCUAGAUUCUAGACCGAACCUUAGUGUCGAAACAAUUAGUUUCCCCUCAAACAUAGUUCCCCUUUUCUGAAAGGCAGUCAAUUAUAACAAAUCGAGUGUUUCAUGUGGUACCGUCUCUGGGGGGUGACAUCCGUUUCCCGUGAAAUUUACCCUAACAAUGGCUGCCUCUGCUUCUGCCUCAUCAAAAUGCAUCAAUGUAUUUUGGCACGACGGAAUGAUGAGCCACGACACUGGAAAAGGCGUCUUCGACACUGGAAUGGACCCUGGUUUUCUUGACGUUUUAGAAAAACAUCCUGAGAACUUGGACAGAGUCAGGAACAUGCUCUCCAUUCUCCGAAGAGGCCCCAUAUCUCCCUACAUCUCUUGGCACUCCGGACGACCUGCUCUCUCUUCUGAAUUGCUCUCCUUUCACGCCCCAGAGUACAUAGAUGAACUAAUUGAGGCGGAUAAAGCUGGUGGGAAGAUGGUGUGUUCUGGAACUUUCUUGAAGCCUGGCUCAUGGGAUGCCGCCCUUCUUGCAGCUGGUACUACAUUAUCAGCAAUGAAGCAUAUCCUUGAUAGGCAUGGAAAAAUUGCGUAUGCACUGGUGAGGCCGCCUGGGCACCAUGCUCAGCCUACUCAAGCUGAUGGAUAUUGCUUUCUCAAUAAUGCUGGUUUAGCAGUUCAGUUGGCUUUAGAUUCUGGGUGUGCAAAGGUGGUCGUUAUAGACAUUGAUGUUCAUUAUGGCAAUGGGACUGCUGAGGGGUUCUAUCAAUCUAAUAAAGUUCUUACAAUCUCCCUUCAUAUGAAUCAUGGCUCUUGGGGUCCUUCUCAUCCACAGAAUGGAUCUAUUGAUGAGCUUGGUGAAGGUGAGGGGUUUGGCUAUAAUUUAAAUAUACCUUUACCGAAUGGGACGGGGAACAAGGGAUACGUAUAUGCCAUGACCAAGUUGAUUACCCCGGCUAUUCAGAAGUUUGUGCCCGAUAUGAUAGUUUUGGUUGCUGGCCAGGAUUCAAGUGCUUUUGAUCCAAAUGGAAGGCAAUGCUUGACAAUGGAUGGUUAUCGAGAGAUUGGAAGGAUAAUCCAUAACCUGGCAGACAGGCACAGCAGUGGUCGCCUCCUAAUUGUCCAAGAAGGUGGAUAUCAAGUUACUUACUCAGCCUAUUGUCUUCAUGCAACACUUGAAGGUGUGCUUGACCUUCCACUUCCUCUAUUGCCUGAUCCUGUUGCAUGUUACCCUGAGGAUGAAGCUUUUUCUUUAAAAGUUAUUGAAUCCGUUAAACGGUACCAAAAUGAUGUCAUACCAUAUUUGAAGGGAACUUGAUUUGGAGGAAAUUUCUGCAGAGCUUGUUGGAAGUUUGUAAUUUAAUGUUGAAGAAUAGGUUAAUCUUCAUUACAAAAGAAAAGUGAGUUAAUGUGAAAAUUAAUAUGGAAUGUUACUUUACUGCUUUGGUUUCUUACUUUUGUAGAAGUUGUUAGAAAAACUCAAAGUUGGAGGAUGAUGUUGGACAAAUUCAUUAAGAGAUCAGGAAUCCUUUUUUAUUUUGGAGAAAU